AUGGGUUAAUUAAAUUCUACACCUUAGGAAAAUAUAUUCAAAUAAUAUUCAGCUAACAUUAAACCCACCAAUUAUAAUGAGUUUUUGAAAAAAAACAGAUAUUAUUCACAGAGAUAAUACCUGUAUAAUGAUUAUUUGAAAGAGGAAGCAGACGAAAUAUUUAUUGUUUAAAAAAGAAGUUCCUUAUUUGAUUAGCCUUAUGCUUAUAAAUAAUAAUUAUUAGACAUUAUUUCGCAAUUGAAGGAUUUCUAAGAUAACAAGUUUCAAACUGUUUUCAAGAAUGACUUAGAACGGUAUUUCAAGGAAGUAAAAAUCCAAGAUAAAAUAAGAAAAAUAUUUGACUCUUCAAGAGAAUCCUACCUCUCUGAGAGAUACAACGAAAAAAAUAAACCAAUUCACACAUUUGUUGAGAAGAAAUUUAAAAAGUAUAAUGGCAAUACAAACAAAACAGAUGAGUGGGGAUAUAAGUAUAGUAUUUCAGACUCUUUUUGCUUAACUCUACCUGCUCAAUUUGUCUAUUCAGAAGAUAGCAAAUCAUAUAAACUUAAAGGAAAGCUGACAAACUAAUAUAGCGAGUUUCCUAAAAUGGAAGAAUUUGAAAACUAAAUAAGUCAGCUUGUAAAUUUUUUGUCUGAUAAGAUUAAAAUUACGCAUGAAUGCUUUAAAAAUGCUUAAUAUUCAGAAUAGCUUUUUAGUGAUACCAAAAAAGAUUUAAUAUUUGAUAAAGAAAUAAGAGCUUAAAUCUCAAUUUUCGAAAUGGAGAUUUCUCCACAAUAAAACUACAUUGGAAGCACUCAUAAAGAAGGACUUUCUGUUGAGGGAAUUAUGUAUUCUUGCUUAUACAUACCAUAUUAAGAUAAAGAUUUAGAAGCCACAAUCGAAUUCAAAAGAUUUUUUGAAGAAAAAGAGAUGAAUACUUAAUUCCUAAAAUGUUAGCUUUACCAUCUUCAUAACAUAGACUCUGAUAAAAAAUAUCUCAAUAAACUUACUCUUCCUUUAGGAAGUGUAAAGUUAGAAGAAGAUUUGAUGAUUAUUUUCCCAAACAGAAAUAUGCAUAGGGUUUUAAUCAAAAAUAAUUCUGAUAUAGUUUAAAAAAGAAUAGUUGUGUAAUUAUCAAUCGUAAACCACAUUGACUAGCCAUUUACAAUAAACGACUUAGAUAUAUGGUAUAAUCAUCAUGAUGAACUAAAUGAUAUAUCGUAUGAUAUUAAAAAAAUGAAUUUAAAAAAUACAAAUACACAAAACAAUAUUAACAAGCUAUCAUAACUCACUGAUACAGUGACAUUUGUAAAUUGA